CUUUUAUUGAUUAAUUUCGCCACCUCCGGACCUUGCAUUCAAAAUGGCAUUCCCAAAUCAAAACAUAUCCUCUGAAGAUAGUCCGCAGUACUCUAGCGAAGAGAGAACUCAACGAACCAAAUCACGGAUCCUGAAGACUACAAGAAAUCAAUUUUCUAGUAAAUAUGAACGGCUUAGAAAUAAGCUUCAGUCUGGUAAUAGUAUGGCCGAGAAGGGUGAGGCUACUGAGUUGAUCCUAGAGCAGUUGAAUCAAUUGGAGAGUAUUUAUAAUAUGGUGCAAUUAGAGAAGAAUAGAGAUACUAGAGUCCAACUUAUGGAUGCCGAGGCAUUACACGAUUCCUCCAAACUCGCUGCUAUCAAUGCUAAGAAUAUCAAGUUUGGGGACGUCGGUAUUUCUUUGAAUGAAAAGGAGUUUCUCAAAUGUUUGAAGGUAUAUAUGAAUCCCGAAGAAGUGAGUGGAACAGACGUGCAGAAUUACAUGAACGAAGAGGACGAAGAAGCGGAAACACCUGUUACCGGACAGGCAGAUAUAUUUAAUUCCUAUAAUUGGAUGAAAUUGGGUGCAUUAUACUUUUCGCAAAGUAACCGUCCUGUUUCAAUUGACUUCUUGAAUGGGCCAUUGGCUACUGAAAGGAAAAGACCGGUUGCAAGGCAAAAGAAUAUAGAUGAUACUGGAAAGGGACCUCUCACUACUGCUAGACUGGUUCAGGCAAGUGACUUGAACGUUGACACAGAAAAAAGCACUUCAGAUAUGGUUCGUCUGGUUUAUAGAACAUUCAAUGAAAAGUCGGGGGGCGAAGAGUAUAAUUUUUUCAAGUUUUUCAUUGAUCCAAGAUCAUUUUCCCAAUCAGUGGAAAACCUUUUCUUCACAAGUUUCCUCAUAAGAGAUGGGAAAGUCAAGCUCACGAAGAAUAAAGAUGGGAUACCGAUGAUCAAGAUUUGUAGCAUCCGUGAAGCAGAAGAAGCUAGCACCUCAUCAAAAAAUAAGACACAUCAUAUAGCUACAUUUGACUACCAGACUUGGGAAGGAUUGAUUCGUACAUUCGAUAUCACCGAAAGCUUUUUGGGGCACCGGGAGACUGAGGCAGAUGUAAUCCCCAGUGAUGACGAAGCUAAUUUUGAACAAUCAGAUGAAGCUGAAGAUCUUCACAAUGGUUCUUCACAGGUUCUUGAUAGAGGAAGUGAUGACGACGAGAGUGACACCCAAAGCAUUUGAUUAUUUUAUUUUCACUCUGUCAUUUCUUUAGCAUUUUAUAUUCUUUACUUCUUUUUCUAUGUAUUUUUAAUUUUUCCAAAUUCAUUU